AAGCGGUACUGAUAUCGGACAACUCUCAACAUCGGAUCCCAGUAGUCGGCAUGCAGGCUUGUCAUCAUGAUCAAUAGGUCCUUAUUGCGAUUUGUAGUUUCGACGUACUAUAUCAGGUAUCGAACCUAUGGCGAUCAAGUCGAUACCUGACGGUUUUCAUGAUAUGUGGAGUUUCCUACUCCACCCCAUUUCGCCAGGGGAUUCAAUUUUUUCUCGAGCAGAGGCAAGUACGCAAAACCUCGGUGCUUUGUCUCUCCCUUCGUCAUUGGUGAUGAUGUUUGGGCUUCUCUCCUUUGCGUGUUUCAUCGCUCUCACAUCUGCUCAUGCUACCUUCCAGGAGCUCUGGAUCAACGGUGUUGACCAGGGCUCGUCCUGUGUCCGACUGCCGCUGAGUAACUCACCCGUGACCGGUGUUACCUCUCCGGAUAUCGCUUGUAACGUCAAUGCUACACCCUCGAGCGGCAUAUGUUCAGCCAAUCCGGGAGAUGAAAUCACUGUCGAAAUGCAUCAACAGCCAGGUGACAGAUCUUGCGCGAAUGAAGCUAUUGGCGGUGACCACUACGGUCCUAUCAACGUAUAUAUGGCAAAAGUUUCGGACGCAACGACCGCUGUCGGCUCUGAUGCUGACUGGUUUAAAGUUCAGGAGAUUGGGCUUCCUAGCAGUAGUCCUGACUAUUGGGGUACCGAGGUGUUGAACGACAAUUGUGGUCACUACACAUUCACUGUUCCCUCUGACAUCGCACCUGGAGACUAUCUUGUUCGAGCGGAGGUCAUUGCUUUACACGUCGCGAGUAGCGUUGGGGGAGCUCAGUUCUACAUGUCAUGCUACCAAGUCAACAUUGGAGGUUCUGGGACCGCGACGCCUUCUACAGUUAAGAUUCCCGGAGCUUACAGUGCAGAGGACCCUGGUAUCCUCAUCAACAUCUACACUCAACUUGACACCUAUCAAAUUCCGGGCCCAACGCCUUAUGUAACGACUUCACCGACAGUUGCUACGACUUCAUACCCCACUACCGCAACUUGGAACACGGCUCUGCAGCCGACCACAGUACCUACCGUUGUACCUACUCCUGGUACAAAAGAUAUCAGCCAGGCUUGAUUUCUCUCAACUGGGCAGGUAGGAUUCGGAAUAGUAUGUAUCUUGGUAUCGCAAUCCAAUGCCCUUUUGCCUCAAUC